AAUUUCUAUCGAAUUUCAAUCAACGAUAAGAGCGAAAUAUAAAGAGAGUUAGAAGAGAGUUUGUAACACUACGUAUUUUCCAAAUAAUUGAGUCAUUGAUAUAAUUGAAAUUCAUAUUGUUAUUUAUUGUUAUUGAUAUUCAAUGGGUUCCCAACACCUCGCCACUUCAAAGCCUUUCCAAUUUACCUGAGCAUAUAGAGAGAGAAAGAUUUGAAUUGAGUGGUAUUCCAACGUCGAAAGCAGAGGAAACACACAACACAAAGGUUUCUCCUAAAGUACUCUGUUUUCUUCUCUCUUCGUUCUUCCUUUCUCUGUCUAUCCACGUAUAUGUCACUCCAACUAUAUCACACUCUCAUCCGAUGAGAGAAACACCUACCUUUAACUAAGGUUUCACGGUUGGUGUCGGGAUAUCGGGAAAACUCCUUUCGGAAAAAUCAAGGAAAACUGAAACACCUCGUUGACUGGAAAAGUGGGUAAAUGGCUACAGUUUGUUGGCCAUAUUUUGAUCCUGAGUAUGAGAACUUCAGCAAUAGAAUGAACCCUCCAAGGGUCUCUGUGGACAACUCUAGCUGUCAUGAUUGUACACUAAUCAAGGUUGAUAGUGUUAACAAACCUGGAAUUCUGCUGGAAGUAGUGCAAAUCUUGACAGAUCUUGACUUCAUAAUUACCAAGGCUUACAUAUCUUCUGAUGGGGGAUGGUUUAUGGAUGUAUUUCAUGUCACGGAUCAGCAAGGAAAAAAGAUAACAGAUAGCAAAACCAUCGACUUCAUUGAAAAGGCUCUAGGACCAAAGGGCCAGAGCACAGAAGGGGUGAAAAAUUGGCCAAGCAAAAGGGUUGGAGUGCAUUCUGUUGGUGAUCAUACAGCCGUAGAGCUUAUAGGCAGAGACCGUCCAGGUCUCUUAUCUGAGAUCUCAGCUGUCCUUGCCAACCUCCAUUUUAACGUGGUUGCAGCAGAAGUUUGGACUCACAACAGGCGAAUAGCCUGCGUCCUUUAUGUCAACGAUGCCACGAACCGAGCUGUGGAUGAUCCUAACAGAUUAUCUCUUAUGGAGGAGCAGCUCAACAACAUCUUACGUGGAUGUGAAGAUGAUGAGAAAGUUGCUAGGACCAGUUUCUCCAUGGGUUUCACCCACAUGGAUAGGAGGCUUCACCAAAUGUUGUUUGCUGAUAGAGAUUAUGAAAGUUCUGGAGUCACAACAGAUGUUGAUUGUCCCCCCUCUUUCAGGCCAAAAAUCACAAUAGAACGUUGUGAGGAAAAAGGGUACUCAGUGGUUAGUGUCAGGUGCAAGGACCGAGCAAAACUCAUGUUUGACAUUGUUUGCACUCUUACUGACAUGCAAUAUGUUGUUUUCCAUGCCACAAUCUCUUCAGAUGGCCCUUAUGCAUCCCAGGAGUACUUUAUUCGACACAUGGAUGGAUGCACGCUUGAUACUGAAGGAGAGAAAGAAAGGGUCAUAAAAUGCAUUGAAGCUGCUAUUCGCAGAAGAGUAAGCGAGGGAGUGAGCCUUGAGCUGUGUGCAAAGGACAGGGUGGGUUUGCUGUCAGAAGUAACAAGGAUUCUAAGAGAGAAUGGUUUGACAGUAUGUAGAGCAGGUGUAUCAACAAGAGGGGAGCAAGCACUGAAUGUGUUCUAUGUGAGGGAUGCAUCAGGGAACCCAGUAGACAUGAAAACUAUUGAAGCACUUCGUAAAGAAAUAGGUAAGACAAUGAUGGUUGAUGUGAAGAGAGUGCCAAGCAAUGCCAAAGCACCAGAGAAUCGAGGAUGGGCCAAAACAAGCUUCUUCUUUGGGAACUUGUUGGAAAGGUUCUUGACUUGAGAACCAUGCAUCUCAUUCUGCUCUCGUUGCUUUGUAGAAGACACAUCAUAUUGUAUAGAAGAAUAAAGCUGUUUGUGUCUUAAACAUGAACACUGCUUCGACUUUCACCAUUUGAUAUCAGAACAAUGCUUGUUGCUUAUAUUCUGCCUUCCUCACGUUUUAAUUUUCUGUCCCUAUUAUUACCCUUCUCAUAAAUAUUAAGUUGUUCUUUUUAAUCUUUUUGCCACUGGAACAGUAGAAAGUAAACAAUAUUAGUUUUAACAUUUUAG